AUGCGGGAAAGCCUAGAAGAAAAGUUCCGGAGCGUGGAGAAAAAGCGUGCUGCUUUCUUCACAUCGGUUAAAAGUGCACUGGAACAGUAUUCUGCACAAUCUGCAUUUGGAGCUUCGAAAGCACAAACUCCGAAUUGGAAGAAGGAAGAGAAGCAAAAAUCAUCCAAAGCUCGACAAAAUCUUACAUUGUGUGAAGAAGAAGACACACAUACAGACAAUGAUAAUACAGAUAACUUUACGGUGAUGAAAGUAGAAGACGCUUCUCAUCGAACCCAACAAGGGGAGAUAUUUCUUCUAAGUGGAGCGUUACGAACACUGCACCCUCAAACGAAGAAAUUUGUCAAAGUCAGUGUUCUCCUAGAUACAGGUGCGGAUCGCAGCUUCAUCGAUGAAAGACUAGCCAAAAAACUUCAACUACCUAACCACGGAGUAGUCUCGAUGAAACUCAGCACAUUUGGAGCAGCAACCGCGAAAGAAACUCAAUGCAUCAAGACAUGCAUGAAUGUGUGGGACUCUGAAGGAGAGCAACAUAAACUACAACUCUACACUCACACAAUUCUUACAAGAAACAUUAGUGGAGGGAAACUUCAGAAAGAAGAUCUUCAGUACAUCCACAAAAAGCAGAUAACAUUGAGCUCUGCACCAAGUGGCAUAGCUCAACCUCCUGAAGUUUUGAUCGGAUGCGAUCAGCUUUGGAACCUUCAUACAAAUUUGAAGCACCGCACUAUAAUUUGCCAUCAGGGCUGA